AUGGAAUUAACUAUGAAUCAGUCAGCCUCAGAAAAGAUAAUUCUGAUAAAAUCGAUGCGGCAAAAUGGUCAAUUAUAUUACAACGCAAGGGACUAUCUAGCAGCCAAAUCUUUUUUAGAACAAGGAUUACAAUUAACUAAAUCAGCAGAGGAGAAUCAAAGAUCAGCAGAAUUUACUCUGAUUAAAAAAGAUCUGCUUCUUUUUAUAGCAACAGUUUGUAUCAUUAUAGGAGACUACCAGAAAGCAACAGAUUGUAUUCAGGAGGUCAAAGAAAUUAGCGAGAAAGAGGGCGAUGGAGUUUUUCUGGCCCGAUGCCAUGAUAGGGAAGCAGAAAUAAAGAAAGCUUUCCGGGAAUACGAUAGAGCAUUAGCAUUAGCUAAUAAAUCGCUACAAAUAAAAUGUAGUAUACUUUGUCCUAGGAAUAGCCUCGAUGUUGCUGAUUCUUAUACUCUGAUUGGAUACAUUCAUUAUGAUAAAGAAGAGUACAGUAAAGCUCUUGCUGCUCAUCAUGCAGCUUUAGAUAUAAGACUUAAGGCCCGAAAGGAAGACAGUCGUAAAGUAGCAAAGUCGCUUGAAAAUCUUGGUAAAAUCUACUUUAAGGUAUUAAAGUAUGAUGACGCCAUGGAGAUGUGCCAAAGUUCAGUCAAGAUAUUAUUGGCAUCAACUGAUCAUAAUUACUAUGAUAUAAUUGAUGUUUAUAACUGCAUAGCAGAUAUCCAUAUUUGCCGUUUGAAAUAUAAUCUAGCUAUUGAAACGUAUCAGAAAAUUUUGAAGAACUAUACGUCAACCUUAGGCGAUAGUCAUCCUAUCGUACAAUGCUACAUGCGCAAAAUAGCAAAAUUUUUUCAUGAAUUUGGCCGUAAUAUCGAUAUCCAGCUAACCAGUAAUCAAAUAUUAUUGGAGACCCAAGAUUUGCAACAAAAAGAUAUCGCUAUCGUUGACGAUUUAGCUUUGGAAGGUGGAGAAAAAGUGUCGGCGAAUCCUAUAGCAGAGGAGACAGAUACUCCGCAAACAACUUAUAAUUGCCAAGCAAAGGAAUAUUCUUGCGUUACUUUGAAGGGAUUACCAGAAGUAAAACUUACAAUUCCUAAAAACUGUUUACUUAGUGACACAUUAGUGACAAUUAAAGCUUCCCACACUGAUCCUCCGUUCAUUUUAUCGUCUAAUCGAUUGAAAUUAAAGUUUGUGUCACCAGUUAUUCUAAUUGAGCCAAGCGGUUUGCAGCUUAAUACACCUGACAAUCAAUUACCAACAUUACAACUACCCGUUGUAAAGGAAAAUAUUUCGGACGGGAAACAUGCAGAAGACGAACAAGUUGUCUGUUUAUUUUAUCAAAAUGGUGAGACUUUGGAAUGGAAGAAGGAUGAAAGCAACAGAAGUCAUGAUUGGAUUAAGCGCGGUGAAGAUAGAAGUGCAAUUUUCCAUAUAAGCCAAUUUACAGCUUUCGGUGCUGUAGCCUCUCCUUCUCAGGCGUCAGCUCUUACUUUACAAGCCUAUUUCGUAAGAACUGAUACACCAAUUUUUUUUUUGUGGCUUAAAAUCGCUCUCAAAGGGCAUGAAAUUUCACCCGAUGAAAAGCGGUAUAAAAAUUGGACGUUUGAAAAACUGGUCACUGACGUGGAUGAAGAAUUUAAACUUCCUAAUGGAAGUUAUCGGCUUAAGUUUACAUCUGACUAUUUAGAUCAUUCUCCCCUGACAGGUGAUUCUAAUGUUGGGCACUUCACAUGGGAUAAUAGCUGCCUAGAGAGUCGCUUCGUUAGGUUCCGAUGCCAAAUAUUGGAAUCAGAGUUUAAGCCACCAGAAUUAUGUAAAGUAACUCUGAUGGAUACCGAUAAAGAAAUUGUGUCUAGUUAUCUAAUUCAAGUAAGUCAUGAUACGAGUAUAGCCCUUACUGCUUAUAAAUCCUUGGCAAUCGCUAUCAUUUUUUUUAAUUUUCACUCGUACCAAUAA